CUCAGUUUCAAAAUGUCGGACAGCGAAGAAAGUGUACCGCCUUUGUCCAAAAAACAACGUGUGUUCACUCAAGUUCAGAAUGAUGGAUCUGGCGAUGAAAUGGACGAGAUAUCAAGCACAACAAGCACCAAGGAAGAGGAGUCGUCGCGGAGUGACACACCCACAUUGGUGUCUCGAAGGAUGGGGAGUAUCGGAAGGAUGAAGAAGGGAUGGAAGAAGUGCAAGCUGCAGUACAAGUGUACUAACUUCCUCAAAGAAGACCAUGGUCAGCCAAUAUUUGGUAUUCAGGUGAACAUGAAUGUCCGCGAUGGAGAGCCUGUCAUGUUUGCCACAACUGGUUGUAAUAGGGUCACCAUAUACGAAUGCCUGGAUAAUGGCAAGGUGAAGGUCCUUCAGGCAUACAUAGAUCCUGCAAAUGAUGAAAACUUCUACUGUUGUGCUUGGUCCUUCGACGAGGUGGGGCAGCCUCUGCUGGCGGCGGCCGGUCUGCGAGGGAUUGUUCGGAUCAUCAGCCCACUAGCCAUGCAGUGUAUCAAGCACUUUAUAGGUCACGGAAAUGCAGUAAAUGAAUUGAAAUUUCAUCCUCGGGAUCCCAACCUACUGCUGUCUGUCAGUAAAGAUCACACGCUACGUAUCUGGAACAUCAAGACUGAUCUGUGUGUCAUGAUCUUGGGCGGUGUCGACGGACAUCGGGAUGAGGUGCUCAGCGCGGACUUCAACAUUGACGGGUCUCGCAUCGUGUCUUGUGGGAUGGACCACUCCCUGAAGAUGUGGAAGAUAGACACAGAGAUGUUCCGAGAUGCAGUCCUAGCAUCCUACACUUACAACCCUGCCAAAAAUAACAUUCCAUUCCCGACCGUCUCCAACCAUUUCCCCGACUUCUCAACACGGGACAUUCACAGGAACUAUGUGGACUGUGUGAAGUGGCUUGGAAACUUUGUCCUUUCAAAGUCAUGUGACACCAGCAUCAGCAUCAUUUGUUGGAAGCCUGCCAGUCUGGACUAUCACAGACACCAACAUCAAGGCAUCUGACAAUCACACGUGUCCAUCUUACACAGGUUUGGAGUACAGGGUAUUGUGGAGAGUAUCUGGUACAUGCGAUUCUGUCUCGACUACUAUCAGAAGACAAUGGCACUAGGAAACCAGGUGGGAAAGAUCUUUGUGUGGGACCUGGAUGUAGAAGACCCAACACUGUGCAGAUUUACAAAGUUGUCUCAUGCAAAGUGUUCUGUCCCCAUCCGUCAAAUAGCCCUGUCUAAAGAUGGAAACAUCCUAUUGGCUGUCACUGAUGAUGGAAUGAUAUGGAGGUGGGACAGAAUCAAGUGAUCAGCCAAUCAAAUUCCCUUGACUCAAGGGAGACAACUCUGGAUCAACAGGUCAACAGUUGCCAAGCAACGUUGCAAGGAGGACAAUGUUCAGACAAAACUAUAAAACAUAGGUCUAUACAUUUUACUGUGACCCUUUUAUGUGACUACAAAUCUUAAUGCAUUUGAACAAACAUUUGGCAAUGUGGGGAUACAUGUAAAAGAUAAAUAGAAAGAAUUAAAAUGAACUUCCAUAGAUUUAGAUGAAGAUUGACUUAGGAAGUUGUAAGUGGGUCCUAGGAAAGAUGAUUUAAGUCAUUUUAAAUUUGCCUGAUUUGCUUUUCAGCAUUAAUUACUUGAAUACGUAAUGUCUAAAAAUUUACACAAGGCUUUAUGUCAAGACGACGAGACUGAAAAUUGGUCUCAGAUUCUAGUUUUGUUCCUCUAAAAUUCUCAAAGAGGUUGACAUUGCAGAGUUGACCAUAUAUGUUGUUGAAAUGGACAAUAUUUCAGCUCAAUCUGGCAUCAUACAAUGAUUUACUCAAAGUACUGGACCUGGCAGAUGUAUUUAUGCCUGUGAGACUUACAUGGAUCAAGCUAUAAGUUGCCUCAGCAUGUUCAGAGUUUUUAAGACCUGGGUCUGUCUGAGAAUAUGUUGGCAGUAAACCUAAAACAUUUGAACCACUUUGGUGUUAAUGUGACAGUGCUGAAGAAGAUUGUAUGGUGGUUGUUCUUUUGAUGUCAUGACCUGUGGAGAAUCUCAGGACUUGCUUCUGUACAAACUCAUUUCUCAUCGGUUUCAUUGGAUCAUUUUAGAGAUAUUUUUACAAAAAUAGGCCAUUAUUUCAUUUGUUGGAUCGCAGUUGGCAUUAAAUGCAUCAAAAGCGAAAAAAUGUGGUAAAUAAAAAUUAACACCCUUCGUUUCACAGACAAGAUGUAUACAAAUAUAUCUUUGGAUUUAGAGUUUUAUUUAGAUUAUCAAAAGUCGUCACUCAGAGCAGAUUCUUUGUAUAAUGAAUACAGAGUUUUGUCCCUUGUACAUGACUGACAAACUUGGCCAGAAUUAACUGCCUUGAUUUUCCGAGAAUAGUUCGGAUUCUGAAGAAGUUUGAAAAUCAGAGUUAUGCAAGUUGAGUGUGAUGUCAUCUUCUGUUCCCUUCUCCAACUUGGGUUGAUAUAUCUGAGAUCCAACAACAUCAUUAACAUUACACCAUAGUCCACUUACAUCGGACAGCACCCUUUGAUCAAUGCAAUGUCUGUGUCAAUAUUGACCCAAAUAGAACAGUUACACUUAGAAACUAUUGGGUUACUAUUGAAAAAUAAGUAUUCUAUUUAAAGUUAAAAGUAUAAUCACGAAAACAUAAAGAAACAUGGAUACUAGCCAUAAAAAUUGAGAAAUUCUCACAGAUUGUUCAAAUCAUAGAAGUGAAUGUACUUAAAAUAUCAACUCCGAGGAAUCAAGCAGUAACAUAUUGAUAUGUUGUGUUGCUAACUUACUGUUUAUAUCCAAACAAUUAUUUUCCCAAACAUCUUUUCCAGCUACUUAACUGCCAACAAUUUUGAAAUUGUCAGCUCCAUGAUAUAGCAGAAAUGACCUUUCCUCGUCUAAGUUGUAACUGGAAAGCAUCAGCAGAAUACCAAAUACCACACAGUGUAUAUAUAUAUAUAUAUCUGUACAUACAGCAAGCUCUUGGUUGUUUUCAGUAUGUGAGAAAAGUCAUUCAUUUGUUUGUUAACCCCUGGACCUAAUUUUUUUGUACCAUGUUCCUUAAAUCCA